AAAGAACGUAAGGUACGUAAGGUACGUAACUCAAGACCGGGAACAGGCUGUGCACGUUCACUUUUGGACAAACUGCAAACUUCUACAUAAUCACAGACAUUGACGUGUCACCAGGAAAAGCAUUUGUGAUGGUUCUGUUCUGCUGUAAAGUCCCAGUUUGCCACUAGUGUUUGUUGAGACUGGUCCAGUGAUUUUAGUCCUUAAGUUUUGCAGUCAUGCCUGGUAAAAAAUCCACCACCAAGAGGAAGUCUGAUGCUAUUGUGAAGGAUCAUAGAGACAUCAAGAAAGUGAAAGUUACCCACAGAAGUCAUGGCAAGGAGGCAGGCCAGGUUCUUGUUGUCGGUCAGGGUGAUGUUGGGCAGUUGGGACUAGGCGAGGACAUCAUUGAGAGGAAAAAGCCGGCCCUCGUGUCCCUGCCAGAGAAAAUUGUGCAAGUGACAGCUGGAGGCAUGCACACUGUGUGCCUCAGUGACACUGGCCAUGUCUAUACUUUUGGCUGUAACGACGAAGGGGCCCUUGGUCGGGACACAACAGAAGAGGGGUCUGAGAUGGUUCCAAGAAAGGUGACACUGGAGGAGAAGGUGGUCCAGGUGUCGGCAGGGGACAGCCACACUGCUGCACUCACAGAGGAUGGUACAGUGUACCUAUGGGGCUCCUUCAGGGAUAACAGUGGUGUUAUAGGUCUUCUGGAGCCCAUGAAAAUAUCUUCUGUUCCAGUCAAAAUCCCCAUGAUAGAACCUGUUGUAAAAAUUGUGUCAGGUAACGACCACCUGAUACUGGUUACACUGGAGGGAAGUCUUUACUCAUCAGGAAAUGCAGAGCAGGGGCAGCUGGGAAGAGUGCCUGAGCAUUUUUCAGACAGAGGAGGCAGGAAAGGCCUCGGCCGGUUGCUGGUACCGCAGAUGGUACAUGUCAAAGGGAAAGUUCACUUCAUAGAUGCCUUCUGUGGGGCAUACUUCACCUUCGCUGUUUCAAGAGAGGGACAUGUUUAUGGAUUUGGCCUCUCCAACUAUCACCAGCUGGGCACUAAAAGCAUGAAGACCUGUUUUGUCCCAAUAAAACUGACAUGCUUCAAGAACUCUACCACUUCCUGGGUGGACUUCUCCGGAGGACAACAUCACACAAUCUGCCUCGAUGCUGAAGGACAGGUAUAUAGCCUGGGCAGAGCUGAGUAUGGGCGUCUCGGUCUGGGCAAAGGGGUUGAAGAGAAGAGUGAGCCCACGCCUGUGUCGGGGAUAGAGCUGGCGUGCGGAGUGGCAUGUGGGGCGUCUGUCAGCUACGCUGUCACCAGAGAAGGAUCUGUGUACGCCUGGGGCAUGGGCACCAACAUGCAGCUUGGCACAGGAACGGAAGAGGAUGAGUGGAGCCCUGUAAAGAUGACUGGCAAGCAGCUGGAGAACCGCACAGUACUGAUGGCCUCCAGUGGAGGGCAGCACACCGUCCUUUUGGUCAAAGACAAGCAGGAGAGCUGAUGUUCAUCUCAGGCAGGGAAUGAUGGGGGAAUCUUUUGAUCUGUUUCGAGGUGGGGCCUUGUUUACGAUGCCUAAAUCUGGGGAUGGGGCUUAAUGUAAAUGUGACUGCCUGUGUCGAGCUGAGGAAGUGUGGCAGGUGCAGGGCCCUUUUUAUGAGAACUCUUCUCCUGGUGUGGGGACAAAUGUUUUGUUUUUUUUCUUUUAAAUCUAGUUUUUGAUGUUCUUUUCAUUAAAAGUCAUUAGUGUGACUGUAAAUGUGAUGUUUGUGAAUGUGACUGUUUGCAUGUAGAUAAAGGAAAUGAGAGUGCAAGCCUUUUAAUGUAUUCCCCACACGAUAGUCUUUUAAAGUGUUUUUUUUUCUUUGCUUUAAAGAAAUAAUUUCACUGACCCUGAUUCAGACAGGACAUUUAUACUCCAUGAGUUUAAUACGUGAGACUACUGUUCAUUUUACCUAUGGCACACACAAUUGCAUCAUACUGUAUCCUGCAUUUUGUUGCUUUUCCUGUCUGAAAAUAAAGAUUACAUUUUAAGUA